AUGUACUCUCCUACCACUCUGGGUUAUACUAAUUAUGAUGACCUGGAAGAAGUGCUGAGUACGGUCAGUGCUGAACAGGACUUGAUGGAGGUGGCUCAGGCUGCAGAAAUGCCGAAUGGCAAAGGAUUGGUGGAUGAUGGUCUGGUCUGCAGGAUUCCUUUUCCCUGUGCGAUUCCAUCCACGAUCCCUGGCUGGCUCAUCGGCCAAUCCGAUCGCCGCUCCACUGAUCCAUCCACGGAUCCAAUUCCCGAUCCAUCUCCCAGGGACUGCAACAUCCACUCGCGCGAUCGGCCUUCCUUCGCAGUCUUCGCCUUUUGCGCUACACUUUUUUUGCGAUCGAGGAUAUCGCAUACAGACGAUACCCGUAGGGAUUUGCUGUCCGUCGCAGAUAAACCAUCACGUUAUCAUUACAUCCGGUCUCUUCCGAUAGACACCCCUUAUUCGUCAAAAUGCAUGAGCAUGAAAUGUCCUACAUGGGCCCUCGGGUCUCAAGAAGCCUACUCCAGCGGCGAUGGCGCCAAGGCCAAAGAACUCUCGGAACAAGGCAAAGCCCACGGUCGCAAGAUGGAAGAAUACAACAAGCAAGCGUCGGAGUUCAUCUUCCGCGAGAACAACGCCAACGGGCGUGUUGCGGCAGACACCAUCGAUCUGCACGGACAAUUCGUCGAAGAGGCUGAGGAGAUUCUCGAGGAGAGGAUUAAAUAUGCGAAAGCGCACGGUCAGGAUCAUCUCCAUGUAAUUGUCGGCAAGGGCAACCACUCCGCCAAUCAUAUCCAGAAAAUCAAGCCCCGAGUAGAGCAAGUCUGCCAGGAACUCGGUCUCCAGUACGCGACUGAGGAGAACGCAGGGCGCAUUUAUGUGAAUCUGACUGGUGGACCGGCGGAUAUGGAGACUGCGCCAACGCCCAAUCAUCCUCACUAUCAGCAAUACCCUCAGCAUCAACAGCAUCCGUCGGGUACCUAUGCUCACCCGCAUCAGCAGCAGCAGCAGCAAUAUCCCGGUUCGCAACAGCAGCAGCAACAGCAGCAGCAGCAACAGCAGCAGCAGCAACAACAGGGUGCGGGCAACCAGGAUGAGAUCGAGCAGGUGGUUAAUGCGGUUCUGCCUAAGAUUCUCAAUAAGCUGGAGAAGGCUUGCUGUGUGGUCAUGUGA